AUGGCCAAUGGCAGCUCCAUCAUCACUGAGUUCCUCCUGCUGGCAUUCGCAGACACACGGGAGCUGCAGCUCUUGAACUUCGGGCUCUUCCUGGGCAUCUACCUGGCUGCCCUGCUGGGAAACGGCCUCAUCAUCACCGCCAUAGCCUGUGACCACCACCUCCACACCCCCAUGUACUUCUUCCUCCUCAACCUCUCCCUCCUCGACCUGUGCUGCAUCUCCACCACUCUCCCCAAAGCCAUGGCCAAUUCCCUCUGGGACACCAGAAGCAUCUCCUACUUGGGGUGUGCUGUACAGCUCUUUCUGUUAGUCUUCUUGAUCUCAGCAGAGUAUUCUUUUCUCACCAUCAUGGCCUACGACCGCUACGUUGCCAUCUGCAAACCCCUGCACUACGGGACCCUCCUGGGCAGCAGAGCUUGUGCCCACAUGGCAGCAGCUGCCUGGGGCAGUGGGUUUCUCACUGCUCUGCUGCACACGGCCAAUACAUUUUCCCUACCCCUCUGCCACGGCAAUGCUGUGGACCAGUUCUUCUGUGAAAUCCCCCAGAUCCUCAAGCUCUCCUGCUCAGAUGCCUACCUCAGGGAAGUUGGGCUAAUUGUGGUCAGUGCCUGUUUAGUCUUUGGGUGUUUUGUUUUCAUUGUGGUGUCCUAUGUGCAGAUCUUCAGGGCCGUGCUGAGGAUCCCCUCUGAGCAGGGACGGCACAAAGCCUUUUCCACGUGCCUCCCUCACCUGGCCGUGGUCUCCCUGUUUAUCAGCACUGGAUCUUUUGCCUACCUGAAGCCCCCCUCCAGCUCCUCCCCAUUGCUAGACUCACUGGUGUCAGUUCUGUACUCAGUGGUGCCUCCAGCAGUGAACCCCCUCAUCUACAGCAUGAGGAACCGGGAGCUCAAAGAUGCCCUGCAGAAGCUGAUUCAAUCACUUGUCUUGCAGCAGGAAUAA